AAAGGGCGUAUACCCUACCGUUUAAAUUCAUUUGUUAAACCGAAUGGCCACUGUAUCUCAGGGGUCCAGUCCUUAAUGAUACAAUAAUUAUAUAGUACAAAAUAUAUACUCAUUAGCUCCUUUAAACUCUUCAUAGAGCUGGAAUCACGGGAAACCACGUUUUGUAUAAGGAUGGAAACCGUAAACACGAUUUCGGACGGGCUGGGGGCAGAUUUUUCGUCGUUCGUUCACGUUGAUCUUGACGACGUGGAAAACAACAAUAACAUUUCUGGAGGAGAAAAUUGUGUGUCGGCCUCAACUCAAGCUCUAUUUCAGAAUGAUGAGGAUGGUGAAGAUGAGCGUGAUAAUGAUGACAGUGGCACAGACAAUUCUGACAUUGAAAAUUCAGGCACUACGCUGCAGAGACGUGAACAUCAUGGAGGAGAGGCUUCAAGUCUUCCCGACACCUUUCAGACAAGCCACCUGCUCUUCUAUGAGAGGUUUAAGGCAUAUCAGGACUACAUGCUUGGAGACUGUAAGCCCUCUGAGGUAAAGGCCUUCACAGCAGACUACCUAGAGAAAGUCGUGGAACCAUGUGAUUGGUUGGCUUUGUGGUCAACUGAUGUCUUUGAUGUUCUUUUGGAGUUUGCUGAUGACACAGCAGCGGUCGGACGCAUCAGCAACAACCACGAGUCCGGCUACAGACAGGAAGUGGAACAACUGGAGGGUUGGAGCAGGGAAAACAACCUCUGUAUCAACGUGAAAAAGAUGAAGAAGAUGAGUGUGGACUUCAGGAAGAGCAGACAUCCCUCCCUGUCCCCUGGCACAUCGGAGGAACAGCAGUGGAAGUGGUCUCCAGCUACAGAUACCUGGGCAUGCACCUAA